AUGCCAAGUGCAAGAUCUUUGAAAAGGUUCGGUUCGAAAGAGCAGUUGCGGGACUUUCUUGGUGACCUUAUCCAUGCUUUGCGGUCGCAUAUUCCAUGUGUGGUUUUUUUGUUCAAUUCUGGAAAUUUGCAACUGUUUCGUCUGUUUUCAGCUAAAACGUUUUUGAAUGAACUCUUCGGUGAAGAACCGCUUCUCAAAGCGCUUGCUGAGUUUCUGGCUAAGGAGCAUAUCUAUAGUACAAGUGAACCAGUGAUUGAGAAUAAUGAAGCUGUAAGCGAAGAGGAAAAAGAUGAUGCCAAAAGAGUGCAAGCCAGUUUCGGAGCUCUGGAAAUCAGUAAGGUACCAAUACAGGUGAGCUCUUUCGCAUUAUUUGAAGCACAUGUUCAAAACAUUGGCGACAGCCGAAGUGAUGGUAUCUUCAACGCUGCUUCGGCUCGCUUUGUUUUCUGA